AUGGCCGACGAAGCAGCUCGCGCUCACGCCGCUGAAGUGGCGCGCGCUCAAGAAGAAGGAAGAGAUCCACCUCCUCCUCCAAUCCACAAGACCCUGCUGGAGAUAAACCCUAUCCAUCCACCACUUCCUGCAAGGAAUGACUAUGAGAUCAAGCCUCAGAUCAUAGCAUUGGUUAGACAGAACCAAUUCAAUGGCCUUCCAGCUGAGCAUCCUCUUGAUCACAUAGAAAACUUUGAAGAAAUUUGCAGCACUACAAGAUCCAAUGGAGUCUCUGCUGACUACUUGAAGUGCAAGCUCUUUUCAUUCUCUCUUGGCGACAAAGCUUCAAGAUGGUUGAAGAACAAGAUCUCCAACUUUCGCCAAGCCAACAAUGAAUCUUUCUAUGAGGCGCUAGAUCGAUUCAAGGAGUACAUUAGGGACUGCCCUAAUCAUGGUUUCAAUGAGGGAAACCUAUGGAACAUCUUCUAUCGUGGCAUAGACCACAAGUACAAGCUUUCAUUGGAUACUGCAAGCAAUGGAAACUUCAUGACCAAGACUGUUGAUGAAGCUAAGGUUCUUAUUGAGAAUCUUGCAGCUAGUGAUUGUAACAACUGUCCUGAUUAUGACCGCUCAAGCCGCACCACUACUAGCUCCCCUGAUUCUUUUCAAAUGACUGAACUCAAGAACAUGAUGGCUCAAGUUCUUAAGGGACAGCUCAAGCAUAUCAAUGCAAUAGAAGGGAUGAGUGAUGCUAAUGAAGACCCAUCAAGAGAAUGCAUGGGAGAUUUCUCUAAUAAUGAAGAAGAUGUGAACUACAUUGGAAACUAUGGGAACAAGGGAUACAAUCCAAGCUAUCGCCCAAACCCCAACAUGUCUUAUAGAAACCCCAAUGUGGAGAAUCCUCAAGACCAAGUGUAUCCUCCAAGGUAUCCACAACAACAAAGACCUCCUUACCAAUCUCAAGGAAGUCAAUUUCAGCCAAGGCAAGGAUAUGAGCAGAGAUCAUCAUAUCCGCCCAAGGAGCCAUAUGCUUCUUCACCAAAUCAAGCUCCUCCAAACCAACAAGGUGGGAGAUUUGAAGGAAUCCUCCAACAGAUCAUGGAUGGCCAGAAGAGAAAACUAAAGAGAUGUAUGAGAAGAUGGACACUUUGUUCAGCAAUCUCAACACCAAGUAUGAUGCUGUUGCCACUCAUGUGA